CCGCGUGACGCUUCCUGCCCGCCCUCAUUACUCCCGUUCCUUCCCCUUACUUGCCAACUUUUCCUGUCACGAGAGCUCGCCUUUCAUCCUUGCUCUGUCUGCUGAAUACCAGCACAGCAUGCCGGCAGCCACCCCCCUCUCACCCUCCAAGGCGAUGAGACAAAGCGUAUUGAGCUUCAGGCCGCGGACGUCGUCAAGUCUGAUCGAAGCAAUUGUUCUGUCAGACUCGGAGGACGAAGCUUCCUCUAGUAAGAAGCGUUACACACCAUCAUCUACACCCGCCCAAGCGAGCAGAAGCAAUGGGAAGCAGACUCACACAACGCCUCCUCUCGACGAUCGCGAUGAGAUCGACUUCACAACACCUCCUCUCAUGCCCAAUUCUGCCGGCCAGACACCAGCGGAAGAGGACGAUGACGACCUCUCGGACCCGCCUCCCUUGGGCCCUAAGUCUCCCAAGCAAGUCAAGAAGCUCACCAAGAAGAGGCCUUCUUCUGGAGAUAGUCCUGCAGUACGUACGAACGUUAGCGGCGGGCCGAGCAAGAAAAGCAAGAAUGAGACGGCCAAGAGCAGUCCCGGAACCUCAAGCGUCUCUACAAAUGACGUAAAGCAGACGAAGAAGCUUGCGGCAUGGGGGGACGGGCCUCUCUGCCAUCAUCACAGAUCGGCUUGCCAAACGGAGAUGAUACGUUGCACUAUGAUGCGGCCCAACGGACAGCGAUGCGCGCUCAAAUACUGCGACAGGGCGCUGAAGACGCACUACGACGAGUCUGUCGAGAACAUCAUGCAGAAAGGCCAGAACGAGUCAAAUGUAGACGUCAAGGAACACGAGGGCGGGGAGAAAGCCCCCUUCUACUUCAAGUGCCCACGCUGUCAGGAUCGAUGCCAGUGUAGUCUUUGCAGGAAGAAGGGAGGCCUGGCUCCGCUGGGCGGCUUCAAGAACAGAAAGGAUUCGAUGGAGGUGCCAUUGAAAGCGGACGCAGGCAAAGCUGCGUCACCAGCAAGCCCCUCCACAUCCUCUGUCUCUGCGGACAAGGUCAACGCGAAGCAAAAAGGUAGUCAAAGUAAGACUGCUGCGACCGUCAGGAAGACCUCCGCUGGUGAAAAGAAGACAUUGUCUCAGGCAAAGGCAAAAGCAAACGCUACGGCUUCCAGUCCGAGCGUCUCUGAGGCCAAGAUUGUUCGACAAACAUCACUCUCACGUCCUCUGAAGGCUCCUACGCCCGUACCAGCACCAGAGCUUCAGGUCAUCGAUACGAUACUGAAACCUGACAACAUCUGGGCGCGUAUCUGGAUCUACGAGACCCUGGUCCGAUUCGACUUCAUCAAGGUACCUAAAGCGACACUGUCACAGCUUGAUAAGUUCGAUAGCUGGACUCAUCGGCAGAUGCAGCUGCUCCUUGAGCGCAUUGUCGUCGCCGUUGCGGGCCUGAGCAAUAUCCAUAGUAAUAGUGCGCAGCCAAAGGCGAAGACGACAAGGGUCGUUAAAGCCUAUCGGGAGUUUGGAAGUGAUCUGAAACGCGGGGAGCCAUGGUUGGCCGCCAAAGAUCUUUGCGAGAACGUAGGCGCACUCGUGCCAACUCUUCCUCACAUCGAGAGGGAUCUUGACGACGAGGGAAACAAUCCUGGGAAUGACCGUGAUGACACUCCUGCGGAUCACGAGCCGACACUGCUAGGAUCGCGCCUGACUCGAACAAGACGAGCCGCAGAGGUCAGAGCCUUAGAGAGGGUAAAGCUUCAGAGCCUGGCUGACUACGAGUCGAUGGAGAGCUCCUCCUCGGAUGAGGGCGAACUUCCUUCCGAAGAUGAAGGUGGCGAAGGCGAUGCUGACAGCGAUCGGGAGGACUGGGAGCAAGACGAUGACGAGGACGCUCCUCCUACGCGCUCAAGUAGUCGAAAGGGGGCUCAGCGUGGUAGAGUCGUUUCCGAGGGCAGCCGACGAAGCGGUCGGCAGCGCCAAACUCCCUCAUCGGUCAUCGCAGACACUGCAGCGGCGGCAGCAGGGCAAAGGAAGUCGUCGCGUCAGAUUGUGGCCAUCAGUGCUUCAGAUUCAGCAAGCACCUCCUCGGAUCGCAGUACUGCCACACCGGCACCGGACGGUGAUGAUGCAGAGAGCAAGCAGGCAGAGGCUACUCCGCCAGCCGAGACCGGCCCCGCCCCAGCUCCAGAGAUGGAAGAAAAGAUUGCCAUCAUUUGCGGUCUGUUAGAAGCUGUGAUGCAGACGCCUGAGGUGGCCGAGGAGCUGAAGGCAGCGGCAAUCCGUCUUCCUGCAAUAGAAAAGGCUCGGCAGGAGGAGCUGAAGGAGCACGAAAAGGAGUGGGAAGAGAUCAAGAAGGAGAUCUGGACCAGUGCACCCAGCAUGAUUCAAGCCGACAAUUUCAACAAGUGGAAGUCACAGAAAGAGAAGAAGGAGAAGAAUUUCAAGAUGAGGAUUCUCGAUACGAGGGUCAACGCAUACAAAGAGACAGAGGCAAACAAGCUGAGGACUGGGCCCUUGGGAGUCGACGCCGAUGGAAGAGUCUAUUGGCAAUUGACUGAAUGUAAGUAUGACCGCCCUUGACCAGAUGGUGGUCUCCGACACUGACACAUCGUCUGACCCCACCUUUCCACAACCAGUCAAUGAGAACAUGCCUGCUCAUACCCUUGGUCGCUGGGCCUGGUGUGUGCUGAUCUACGGCGAGCCUAUGACUAAGCAUGCUCCUCCUCUAGAAGCCAUGCCUGCCAACGCGCCCAACAUCAGUCCGCUGAAAGCAGGAGCAGCGACCGAAGAAAAGACACAGCCCGAGUCAGAUUCAGCGAAGGUCGAG